AUGAAUGACGUCAAGAUGCAUCCACCCAGUGUCUCCAUUGUGAUUCCUCCUCCCGCAAUCGACCUGGAUUCCUACGACCUCCUCGAGCAUACUUGUGAGGAGAUUCUGUCGGACGAAGCUAGCUUCGAUAGCAGCUUUGAUGAUUACCCCUGGAAGAGAAUGAUGGAUGGCAGCUGCGAUCCAGUCAAUGCGACUGUUGACAAGAAAAAUCUCAAGAACGACUCAGGCCAUGCAGAAUCCCCCUACUUUGCGCCGCAGAAUCCUUCAAAGAAACGCACGGUCUCGACAAGACAGAUCAUGAGGAUCGACAGUGAGAGCGACGAUAAAGAGACUGGGGACGAAGAAGAGACUGGGGACGAAGAAGAAGCGAAUGUCUCGAAUACCCCAGGCUCUGUUCCCAGCGGGCGCGUCAUCUUCAAUUCCGAACAAGAAGAAAUCGAAGCCUUGGAGAACAAUCGUGACUUGGAUGAGAUGGAAGAAAAUGCCUUUGGUCAGGUCGAUGAAGAGGUUCAAGGGUUGCUGAUUUGUUCCAUCUCUGAACACCCCUUCUUCAAAAGUGAUGCGUAUCCCGUAAACCGGUCGGAGCGACGCGAAUUUGUCAAUCAUAUACGCCAAGCUGCAACAGGUGCCGGGCUCGAUGAAGGCAUCAUGAAGAACAUCAUCGCUUACGUCAAAAAACUGUAUCUAACUGCCAGUGGAUGGGGCCAUGUAUGUGAGAGUGGCUCAGAAUAUGGCGACGAAUUCGAUGAUGAGCCGGCAAAAAUCACGAAAUCGGCAAAGGAAACAAAGAAAGACCGCAAAAGGAAGCGAAAUGACUCAGGAAAAUCGACAGAUCAGCCUUCAAAGAAGACAACAAGCUCUGCGAAUGCAACUAAUUGCCAGGGACUGAAAUCUACAGAUACGAAAGUCCACUCGGAGAAAACAGCGAAACCUGUUUUGGGUCCGGAUUCUUCAAUGGCAUCUGAUCCCCUCAGUAAGACCAAGGAGACAGUCCAUCUGGACUCGAGCGAUAGUGAUGAAUCAGCAUUGUCUACGCCUACAAAGCGACACAACAACCCAGUUGACGGGGAUGGAGGCAAACGCUCUCGCCGGCCCCUGUCGACACUGCACAAGAACCCGACCGUUCCUUCCGAUAGCGAAAAGAAGGCGCGGUUAUCUGAAGCGGGUGCCACGCAGAGGCUUACGAAUGAAGAGCUACCAUCUCAAAAUCUAGACUCACCUCGUCUAGAUGACCCGGCUGUCUCGAAGGAGUCAUCCAAGAAGAAAGCAAAGCCUCGCAAUAAAAGAAAACCACAAAAACCACAAAAGUCACAAAAGUCACGAAAGACUCCCAAAAACUCCAACACUGAUAAGCUGCAAGAGCCGCGGAUGAAAGCUCAGAAGACCAGUCAACCCACCAGGACAGUUGUGCCCAAACAAUCCAAAUCUGUUGCUACGGCGCAAAAGUCAAAAUAUUUCAAGUGCAUGCCGAAGGAAGGCAAAAAUAAGCAAAAACCCAUGUAUAUUGUUACAAAAGAUGGAAUUUCCGACAAGCCCGAACAAGCACUCCCGGAUGCCACUCGGAAGAUUUUGGAAGAGCUACAGUUACCGCUUGACUUUCUCUCAUCUGACUCUACAUUGAGCGACGUGCCUAGCAGCAGUGAUGACUCGACUGGAGAUAGCAACAGCUUGUUGCAAGCUACGGGCCUGUCACCGAUGAAGCCGCCUGUGCACUGCGUUGUUGAGGCACUUACUACUGAAACAAAAAUCAAUGCUGUUGGCAAACCGCCUCGUCUCAAACUCCCCAAAGUGUCACCGUAUUUCUUCAGUCCUCUCUUUGAACCGGAGUCAUGCCUUCCGUUCCCACCAAUCAAAUUACCCUCAUUUGGACUGAUCCAAGAGCAGCUUGCACAUGAUCCGUUCAAACUGCUUGUCGCGACGAUUUUUCUUAAUCGAACUCGAGGUGGCGUCGCUCUUCCGGUUCUCUUUAAAGUAUUUGACUAUUAUCCCACUGUUGAAGCUAUGGCUGCGGCCGACUUGACGGAGCUGGUCUCUAUGAUCCGCUGUCUAGGUUUCCAAAACCAGCGGGCCAAGAAAUGUAUCGGACUCGCCCAGACAUGGCUUGCAUGCCCGCCUACAAAGGAAAAACGGUACCGGAAGCUUCACUAUCCCUGCAGAAUGGAUGGCCGAGACAUUGCUGAAAACGAAUGCAUUGAAGAUGACGAUCCACGUGUGGCUUGGGAAAUUGCACAUCUACCUGGAGUGGGCGCGUACUCCCUUGAUAGUUGGCGCAUCUUUUGUCGUGACGAGCUGCGAGGAGUAGCCAAAGAUUGGAAAGGCAGUGACGCCAUGGAACCAGGUUUCGUUCCGGAGUGGAAAUCAGUUCUUCCGCAGGAUAAAGAAUUGAGGGCAUAUUUGACAUGGAUGUGGCUCAAAGAGGGCUGGGUAUGGGACCGGGAAACGGGGGAACGGACGCGAGGGAGCGAGAAGCUGAUGCAAGCAGCGCGUCGAGGAGGCGUGGCUCAUGAAGAAAAUGGCAACUGGGUUCUCGAGACCUCGCCGGUUAAAAAAGUUGCCAAUGGGUUGACGGACACUACCGACGUCACUUGGGAGCAAGGGGUUUGA